AUGUCGACACACGACACUAUCUCUCCUUUCAAGCUCUCAAUCACUCAGGCCGUUCUCGAUGACUUACAACUACGCCUUCGGUUGACCCGCUGGCCGGACAAGGAGACAGUUACUGACUGGUCUCAGGGCGUGCCACUCGCAGCAAUUCAAGAGCUUUGCGAGUACUGGCAGACCAAAUACGACUGGCGAAGAUGCGAAGAGCUACUCAACUCAUAUCCUCAGUUCACGACGACGAUUGACGGCGUGGAGUUCUACUUCCUGCACAUCCGAUCAAAGCACGAAGGCGCUCUUCCUAUGCUGGUCACACAUGGCUGGCCCGGUUCAGUCCUGGAAUUCAGACAUGUGAUUGACAUGCUCGUCGACCCCAAAGCUCACGGCGGCUCUUCCAAGGAUGCCUUUCAUCUCGUCGUACCAGCACUUCCGGGCUACGCCUUCUCCAGCAAGCCAACGGAGACGGGAUGGAAUUACAAGCGCACUGCACGUGCAUGGGCAGUGUUGAUGGAUCGAUUAAGCUAUGCAGACAGCGGAUGGGUCGCUCAAGGCGGCGACUGGGGUUCUCACAUAACCGCCAGCCUAGGUCAUCAAGCACCAAAGGGCUUGAAGAGCGUUCACAUGAACUCGGUCUACUUCGAGCCGGAAAAAGAGGUUCAAAUUCCAGCCCAUGAUAAGAAAGGCGAAGAACGAGCAGUGCAUCUGGACCACCGUCGGGAGACCACAGGAUAUCGUGGAUACUCCCUCCAGCAGUCAACGAGACCUCAGACCGUUGGGUACGGGCUUGCGGACUCGCCGGUCGGUCAGGCUAGCUGGAUAUACGAAAAGUUCAGAGACUGGUCCCAUCAUAACGGCGAUGCAGAGAAAGUGUUCAGCAAAGACGAGAUGCUGGACACGAUUAUGCUGUACUGGCUCUCGAACUCUGGAACUUCGUCCGCCCGUUCCUACUGGGAGAAUCAGCCCAACACGACCGCGUGGAAGAUUGACAUACCGGUCGGCGUGAGCUGGUUCCCGGGCGAUACGAGCUAUGCGCCUAAGGAGUGGUGCGAACGGUAUUCGAAAAACAUUGUGCAUUUGAGGGAGACGGAACGAGGCGGUCACUUUGCGGCGUGGGAGCAACCGGACCUCUUUGUUGCAGAGAUCCGUGAGUGGAGGAGCAAGAUAGAGUAA